AUGUCCUCUGCUGGUAAUGCAGCGCCUGCUGCAGCUCAGCCGCAGAACGCUGCCCCCGAAGAGUCUACGUACAGAAAACUCUUCAAUGUCGCGCAGCAAGUGUUCAUAGUGUGGAUGAUCACCCAAAUUGCCACGAACUACUUCUCUGGCAAAAAGCCCGUCAGUCCUCCUGGGGGCAGCCCGACGAAAGAUGCGGCACCUGUUGAUCCACGGAGUCUUCCAGCCGUCCAAGCAAUAUCUGCGUGGCCUUUGGGAAUCCCCCUCGACAUGCACGUAUACCUGUCGACCGCGCCUUACGGCGACGUGUUCUCGCGGCUGUGGACUUCAGGGUAUAGAAAGGACGACGACGAAGGUCUUCCGAAUUUCGUAUGGAAGAAUAUCACCUGGGGCGACUGGAACGAUGCUAGAGUCGAGGAAUUUGAUAUCAAGUUCCCCGAGCGGGUGUUGCACAACGGUACAUUGUGGGCUGACGUAUUCUUGACGAAGGAUCAUACAGACCCUGACCCCCGGCAUCCCUCGUUCAACGCAGACAACAUACAUCACGUUAGAAAACUCUUGACUCCGUACCUCCCGCGCGUCAAAGUCCGCAAAACGAAGAACCUCAUCUCUGGAGACAAGGGGGAUGAAGAGCCCGAAGAAGUUGAACAGGAUAUGAUUGUUCCGCACUGGCAUAAAAACCUGACACUGGCCCUCAUCUCCGAUGCGCCCGUCGUGCCUAUUGGCCAACUCCCUCCUCCAAUCCGUGAACAUAUCCACACCAUUCCAGACCUGCGUGAUGAGACGGGUACCAAAGGUUUCUACAAGCCCAUUGUGUUCCCCAACGAAUUCUGGCACCUCCGGUCGCACAUGGUAGAGGUCAACACCAGCACACCAAACCUACCGCUACAAAUCACUUUCCAGCCCAUGUCAUACAUGAAGUUCCAAAUGUUCGCUUCAAUGACGCAUGGCUUCAACGAAGCCGCCAAGCAACAAGGAGCUAGUGCCGGUGCUGAGUUAGACGAAAUCAAACGGAUGUUGCUCGAGACGAAUCCGUGGUUUUUGGGUCUGACGGCGGCGGUUAGUAUCCUGCAUGUUGUCUUUGAGAUGUUAGCAUUCAAGUCCGAUGUUUCGCAUUGGAGGCAAAAGAAGGAAAUGGUUGGGGUCUCCCUCAGGUAUAUCAUCACCAACGUCUUCGUUCAGCUGAUCAUUUUGCUGUACUUGAUCGACAACAACGAGAACACGAGCUGGAUGAUUUUGAUGGGCUCUGGGAUGGGAGUGCUCAUCGAAGCGUGGAAGAUAACCAAAGCUGUCGAUAUCUCAGUCAUUCCUGCCCCCGCUGGUUCUAUGUUGCCAUAUAAACUAGACAUCCAAGAUAAGCACGUCUUGACUGAAGACGAGAAGAAGACACAAGAAUACGAUAAGCUGGCCUUCCAGUAUGUGUCAUACGCAGCUGUACCAACCCUGGCGGCGUACACAGGCUAUUCUCUGAUGUACGAGACACAUCGAGGAUGGUACAGUUUCGUGAUCUCGACCCUUACCUCAUACGUCUACAUGUUUGGCUUCGCACAGCUCGUGCCGCAGCUCAUCAUUAAUUACAAACUCAAGAGCGUAGCGCACAUGCCCAUGAAGGCCAUGAUAUACAAAUCGCUAUCCACCGUCGUAGACGAUCUAUUUGCGUUCUGCAUCAAGAUGCCGUUCCUGCACCGCCUAGCGUGUUUCCGAGAUGACGUCGUCUUCCUUGUCUUCUUGUACCAGCGCUGGAUUUACCGGAUAGACCCGAAGCGAGUCAACGAGUAUGGUCAGGUGCUGCCUGAAGAUGCCAUCGCUGCCAUAGACGGAAGCAAGGAGACAAAGAAAGAUCGGUGA